UUGGUGAUAAGUUUUUCUUAAGGUUAAUAUUACAGCUAUUACACAUCUUCUUAUCCACUUUAUAUAUGAGUAUAUAUAUGUAUACAUACAUCGCCUGAAUGUCAUCAUAAACAAGUUAAUAUUAUCAUUUUUCUUAAGAGAGAAUUUAGCCAGGAAAAACACAGCCCUUUUCGAAACAUAUAUAAAAGAGAAAACCAGAAGUGAUCAGAUCAAGUAUUUUUAGAUUGUUAAAAAUGUUGAAAUUGCGAUUAUACACAGUUCCUUGCGGGUCGAGCCGUCGCAGCAAUAGAGAAUCAGUUCCAGCUUCCCAUGUAUCAACUUUCUCACAGAGAGGUUUAAACACCAACCUGCUCGGUCUUUCGAUGUCCCUUAGGAACAGAAGCAACACCAAGACGGAUAAGAUGGUGUGCAACAGUGUUGAUCCUGCUGGGGCAGCUUCAGGCGGUGGUGGUGCCCCUUGGAACUCUUUGCAAGGUUGGGUUUUGGGACUGGUGGUAAGUCUGAUUCUACCAUUUUAUAGGAAUAAAUGGGGGCCUCUUCUAUCAAUCAAAAGGAAGGUGGACAUGGUUGUAAACUCAGUUGAAGCCGUAGCUGAGGCUGUAGAAAAGGUGGCCGAGAAAGUAGAGGACAUCGCCGAAGAUAUCGCCGAUAAACUUCCGGAGAACGGAAAGCUCAAAGAUGCUGUUCUUUUCAUUGAAAAAGUUGCCCACGAAACAGCCAAGGACGCUCACUUUGUUGACGACUUCAUUGAAAAGGUGGAAGAAGUGGAGGAGAAGGUGGAAUCUUUCCUAGAAGGGCCUGUCCAAGAAGAUGAAGCCGAAAAGGAAGAGACAAAGAGUGCUGAUGAUGAUCAACCAAGUAGUACUUCUGCUACUACUACUACUCCUAACACGUGAUGAUCGAUCGAGAUGUGGUCAAGAAAUGAUCCUAUUUGGAAUAUAUUACUUUGACCAAAUCAUUGUUGUUAUUCUUUUUUCUUCGAGAUUAUUAUUCUAAUUUAUUUUUCUUUUCCCUUAUGAAUAUUCAUUAUUAAUUAUAUUCUUCGUAGUUUAGUGUAAUUAUUUAGAAUAUUUUAUAAAUUUUUAAAAUUUUUAAAAUAAUUUAUACUUCCGAAAACAUAGUUCAAAUAAUUUGUUGCAAGUAUUACUAUUUUUUAUGUAAGUGAAAGAUAGCUUGUUUAAACUUUACCUUUGACAUUGUAAAUUAUUCAAAA